UCAAUAAGCAGAGAAAAUGACUGGUCGCGGUAAAGGAGGAAAGGGACUCGGAAAAGGAGGCGCUAAGCGUCAUCGCAAAGUUCUUCGUGAUAACAUCCAGGGAAUCACCAAGCCCGCCAUUCGCCGUUUGGCUCGUCGAGGUGGUGUAAAACGUAUCUCCGGUCUGAUCUACGAGGAGACACGAGGAGUGCUGAAGGUGUUCCUGGAAAAUGUCAUCCGAGAUGCCGUGACCUACACUGAACACGCCAAGCGAAAGACCGUCACCGCAAUGGAUGUCGUCUAUGCUCUGAAGCGACAGGGACGCACAUUGUACGGAUUUGGAGGAGGCAAAGUUAAGGGAAAGGCAAAGUCCCGCUCCAAUCGUGCCGGUCUUCAGUUCCCUGUUGGCCGAAUUCACCGUCUGCUCAGGAAAGGAAACUAUGCCGAACGUGUUGGAGCCGGAGCACCCGUCUAUCUGGCGGCUGUGAUGGAAUACCUCGCUGCCGAAGUGUUGGAAUUGGCAGGAAACGCUGCCCGUGAUAAUAAGAAGACCAGAAUCAUCCCGCGUCAUCUGCAGCUGGCCAUUCGUAACGAUGAGGAGUUGAACAAACUGCUCUCCGGAGUGACCAUUGCUCAGGAGAAAAUGACUGGUCGCGGCAAAGGAGGAAAGGGACUCGGAAAAGGAGGCGCUAAGCGUCAUCGCAAGGUUCUUCGUGAUAACAUCCAGGGAAUCACCAAGCCCGCCAUUCGUCGUCUGGCUCGUCGUGGUGGUGUAAAACGUAUCUCCGGUCUGAUCUACGAGGAAACACGAGGAGUGCUGAAGGUGUUUCUGGAAAAUGUCAUCCGAGAUGCCGUGACCUACACUGAACACGCCAAGCGCAAGACCGUCACUGCCAUGGAUGUCGUCUAUGCACUGAAGCGACAGGGACGCACUUUGUACGGUUUUGGAGGUUAAAUCAUUAAAACACGCUUUGAUCAAUAUAAAAGGCCCUUUUUAGGGCCACCAGAAUUAUUUCGAAGAAUUACUUUGAAUUUCUAUUUCAUAAGCUGUUUCUCUCUAAGAAGCAAGCAAAUUGGGUUAAGCCCAAGAUUGUGCAUUUACCAAGUUUGGCUAAAAUUGGAUUUUUAUGUCUCGAAUUCUCUUCAUUAGUUCAUUAGCCAAACAGAUCGACUUACCCAUUAGUUAGAACGUACGGAGUGGCUUUUUAAAACGACAAAUAAUUAA